AAAGGACCCCCGUUACACAAGGUUCUUAACCGACGACAGGCAAGGUGGGCUGAGUCUUUGGCAGAAUUUGACUUUAAGAUUAUCUACCGCCUGGGAACCAAAAAUGGGAAGGCAGAUGCACUAUCGCGACGGCCGGAGUACCGUCCUGAAGGGGGAGGCACGCUUGGGAAACAACCGAUAGACAGGUUCUUUAAGCCCGGACAGUUGGCGGAGGAAGAGUUUGUGGUAUCAGCGGUGUCGCUUGCCUCCAAGGGGGUGAUUGACUGGUCUAAGAACUUUCUGGAUCAUGUCAGGCAGGCGGCAUCGGGAGACCCGACAUGGGUAGGAUUGAAAGAGAGAGUUGAGCAAGGGGAGAAGCUGGGGGAAUUGAAGGAUAUUGCGGAGAAGGACGGGCUACUCUACUAUAAGAACCGACUCUAUAUUCCGGCAGACGAUCGUAUCAAGAUCCGAAUCGCACAGGCAGAACACGACUCGAAGGUGGCAGGACACUUUGGACAAGACAAAACUUUGGAACUCAUCACGCGUAACUUCUAUUGGCCAAAAAUGAACGAGUGGAUCGAUGACUACGUUCGGUCAUGUGAUGAGUGCCAGCGCAACAAACCCAGCCGCCAUAAGAAGUACGGUGCGCUUCUACCACUGUCCACACCCCAUUCUGUCUGGCAAUCGAUAUCAAUGGACUUUGUCGUGCAAUUACCGGAAUCAAAAGGAUACAACCAAAUCUGGGUAGUAGUCGAUAGGUUCUCGAAGAUGUCGCACUUCAUCCCCCUAGUAGCAGAAACGACCGCGCAGGAUUUAGCGAAGAUAUUCCUCGGUCAAAUCUGGCGACUCCAUGGGCUGCCUUUUGAUAUAGUUUCCGAUAGAGAUGCCAAGUUUACUUCAAGCUUUUGGGCAUCCCUUAUGGAAUUGUUGGAUGUGAGGAUAAGAAUGAGUACGGCUUUCCACCCUCAGACCGAUGGGCAAACAGAGCGAGUCAACCAAACCCUCGAGCACUAUUUACGAGCGUUCUGCAACUACGAGCAAGAUGAUUGGGCAGAGCUACUCCCGUUGGCGGAGUAUGCUUACAACAACUCGGUUACCACCGCCACGGGUCAAUCUCCGUUCUAUACCAAUUAUGGUUAUAACCCAAGAACCAACUGGCCGACAGAAGCCGAAGUGGUCAACCCAACCAGUGACCUGUACGCUCACUUCAUCCGAGGAGUUCACGAUUCUGCUCUCGCUCGCUUAACAGACACCAGGGAGAAGAUGGGGAAAUACUAUGAUCGGAAAAGGGACGAGUCGCCGGACUUUAAGAUAGGCGACAUGGUCAUGCUCAAUGCGGCCAAUAUUAAAACACGUCGCUCCACCAAGAAACUCGAUCACAAGAAACUCGGCCCGUUCAAAAUUGUCCGACUAGCCGGGAAACGAGCCUGCGAACUGGAACUGCCACCACAAGUCAAAAUCCAUAACGUAUUCCACAUUGAGCUCUUGGAACGUUACCGACAGAGCAGUAUCCCAGGCCGCGAACAACGUCCCCCGACUCCCGAGAAGUUCGAUAAGGAAGGAGAGGUGCUGUAUGAAGUAGAAAGUAUCGUGGGAAGUCGGAAGAGCAGAAGAGGAUUAGUGGAAUACCUGGUGAAAUGGCGGGGCUAUUCGAUGAGCGACUGUACUUACCAAGUCAUGGACGUUAUGAACGAAGACGUACUUGAUCUAGUCCGCGACUUUCAUCGAAGGAACCCCAAGGCCGUAAAGGACCAACGCCUGAGACUAUAG